AUGACGCCCGCCGCUCUCGGGGCGCUGCUGGCCCUGCUGCCGCUCGCCUCGACGCUGCAGAGCCAAGCUGGGUACCGGCGGGGUGGCCGGACGCCGGAGCCUGCCGAGCCCGCCCUGCGCCGGCUGUCCCACUACCUGCUGGCCCGCUACCAGAAGGGCACCCGGCCCGUGCGGGACUGGCGAACGACCACCGACGUGGCCAUCGACCUCAUGGUCUACGCCAUCCUCAGCGUGGAUGAGAAGAACCAGGUGCUCACCACAUACAUCUGGUACAGGCAGCACUGGACCGACGAGUUCCUCAGGUGGGACCCGGCGCGCUUCGACAACCUGACGCAGAUCUCCCUCCCCGCGGAGAGCAUCUGGGUGCCCGACAUCCUCAUCAACGAGUUCGUGGACGUCGGGAAGUCCCCCCACGUCCCCUACGUCUACGUUGGCCACCACGGGGAGGUGCAGAACCUCAAACCCAUCCAGGUGAUGACCGCCUGCAGCCUGGACAUCUACAACUUCCCCUUCGACGUCCAGAACUGCUCGCUCACCUUCACCAGUUGGCUGCACCACAUCCGCGACAUCAACCUCUCGCUGUGGCGGCAGCCGGAGCUGGUCAAGUUCGACCGGAGCGUCUUCAUGAACCAGGGCGAGUGGGAGCUGCUCUACGUCCUCAGCCGCUUCCAGGAGUUCAGCGUCAAGAGCAGCGACAGCUACGCCGAGAUGAAGUUCUACGUAGUCAUCCGGAGACGCCCCCUCUUCUACACCGUCAGCCUGCUGCUCCCCAGCAUCUUCCUGAUGGUUAUGGACAUCGUGGGCUUCUACCUACCUCCCAACAGCGGCGAGAGGGUCUCUUUCAAGAUCACCCUCCUGCUGGGCUACUCGGUCUUCCUCAUCAUCGUAUCCGACACGCUGCCGGCUACGGCCGUCGGCACCCCGUUGAUAGGCAUCUACUUCGUGGUGUGCAUGGCGCUGCUCGUCGUCAGCCUGACGGAGACCAUCCUGAUCGUGCGCCUGGUGCACAAGCAGGACCUGCAGCCCCACGUCCCCGAGUGGGUGAAGCGCCUGCUGCUGGAACGAGCCGCCGUCCUGCUCUGCAUCCGGGACAGGAAGGAAUUCGGCCAAAGCAGGACGCAGAGCUCGGACAUCUCCAGGGAGGUGGAGAACAACGACAGCACAGCCAAGCUGAACCACUACGGCUGCGAGGACCCCCGGGAGCGUGAGGCGGCGGGGGGCGCGAGGCCCGCGCCGGCCUUUGCCGGCCAGGCGGAGGGCUCCCCGCUGAUGCGCGGCGUCCUGCGCGAGAUCACCGCCAUCCGCCAGUUCCUGGAGAAACGCGAGGAGUUCCGCGACGCCGCCCGCGAGUGGCUGCAAGUGGGCUACGUCUUGGACGUCCUGCUCUUCCGGGCGUACCUGGCGGCCGUCCUGGCCUACAGCGUCACGCUGGGCACCCUCUGGUCGGUGUGGCGGGACGCCUGA